GCAUGCGCGUUGGGUUUGACGUGUAUUUGUUUUGUUAUGAAGUUGACGUUUUAUAAAUACGACGACCGACCGGCAGUUUCUUUGACGUUUCGAAAGGUUAUAGUGGUGUAAAAUAGAUUUGUAGAUGAAAAAUAUUUUAUUAGUUGAAUGAAAAAACUUUAUAAAUUAUAACAAUGGAGAGAAACGAAAGAAAAGCAAAUUCUCGUACACAUUCAAUUACCUUGGACCGCGACUCAAAGUUUUUGCUGCGAAAAGUUCUGAUGGAUUUUACGAUUCUUCUAAUUGUUGGGUUCCUAAUACUCGCGUUUUUCCUAUGGGGCUCUCCCUACGAGAGGGGCUUCUUCUGCGACGACGAGUCUCUGAAGCACCCUUACAAAGACUCCACAGUCACUAAUGUCAUGCUGUACAUCAUCGGGAUCGGUCUGCCAGUGUUCACGAUGUGCCUCACGGAGUGGAUAAGGCUGCGUGACUUCAAAGGCGGUCGCUCGCGAGUUUUACUCGGCAAGGAGGUUCCCGCGUGGCUGUGGGAAGUGUAUCGCGUCGUUGGUGUUUUCCUCUUCGGCUGUGCAUGUCAGCAGCUCACCACCGAUAUUGCCAAGUACACUAUUGGGAGGCUGAGGCCGCAUUUUCUCGAUGUAUGUAAGCCGGACAUAGACUGCACCCUCCAGGAGAACAGAUGGCGGUACAUUGAGAAGUUCACCUGCUUGGGCGCUGAUGCCAAGCUGCUCAAGGAGAUGAGGCUAUCCUUCCCCAGCGGGCACUCCUCCUUCUCCGCUUACACUAUGCUCUAUUUCGCCAUGUACCUCCAGAAGCGCUUCGUGUGGAGAGGGUCCAAGCUGCUGCGGCACGGGAUCCAGUUCACGAUGCUGAUGAUGGCGUGGUACACGGUGAUGUCCCGCGUCUCCGACUACAAGCAUCACUGGAGCGACGUCCUCGCCGGUUUCUCUAUCGGACUGGUCUAUGCCGUUGUUGUGUUCCUAUUCGUGUCCGACUUGCGUAAAACACCUCGUCGACAAACAGGCGCUCACGACAAUGAGCUGACGACCAACGGAAACACUCGGUCAGCUCCCGCGUGGCAGGUCUGACUAGCAACCUCCCAGCACGACCCUAGCACUGAGGAGGGGGGAUGACAUAUCGCCACAACUUCCCCCUACACGGAUUUCUAAGGUCUGCGACAAUGACUAUGCAUUAUAUAGUACAGUGACUGUGUUGUAAAUUGUUUUGAAGAAAAUGAACUGAAUAUCAGUGAAGUUUUGUAAUUUAUUUAUAAUUUAGAAUAUUGUAUAAAAUUGUAAUAUUUAGUAAUGAAGCGACACUGGUAAAUAUUGCUUCUACACCUCGUUGUCUACAGGUAUCUUAUCUCUUCUGUUUUUAUUAAUCAUUUAUUCUUCAUCAUGAAAUUACUGGGCAAAUGAGACCUGACAUCUUAUGUCUCAAGGCGAGCAGUUGUAGUGCCGCUCAGAAUUUUCAGGUUUUGCAAUAAUCCGAAGCGGCACUGCAUUGUAAUGGGCAGGGCAUAUCAAUUACCAACAGCUGAACAUCCUGCUCGUCUCGUCACUUAUUUUCAUUGAAAAAAUCUUCUUCUGUUCUGUACUACUACGAUAUUUUUCUUCAUAAAUGUAACUAACUAUAGUAUACAAUAAUAACUAUUCUAAUCCUACUGGUACAGUCCAGAGAUCGACGCGUUCAAACAAAAACUUAAGCCUUAUAAAAUUUCAAAGGCUUGUUUGAUUCAUCCUAAACUACAAUUAAUUUUGACAGCCUUAUAAAAUCUUUACUGUUUUUUCCCUACCUGAAUUCGAAAAGGGUAGCCGUCAUGUCAUAGCUGUCUAAUUUCAUUGUGGUUACAAUAUAAAGAAUUUGGAAUUUUGCGUUUUUUGUUUACUUGAUACGGUAUAGUUUUUAUUAUGAACUAAACGCGAUCUAUUAUUAGGAUGAUGAAGGAAUGAAGGAGGAAAAGACAUAAGCUUAUAAUGCCUAUUACUCGGCUUAGUCGAGUUAGUGAGUUUUUCUCGAUGUAAAUGCUUUUACAACAAGAUCCCAGAAAAUGUUCAAAACAAAUGUAUUACGAAAUUCAAAAGAAUUGUUAAAAACGAUUGUGUGGUAAAGGUUACUACCACAUAGAUGAUUUUCUUAAUGAUACCACAGAUUGAGAUUGGAGCGACCGCCUUCAGGCUAUUAAAUAAUAAGUUCAAUUGUACGAUAUUACUUUGUAACCAAUUUCUAAUAUGAAAGAAGUUUCUUGCUUCCGUUCUUCUAAGUUCCGAGGCAAACAUUUUUAAAUGGGUGGUAGUUUUUGACUUUCAAUAAGUAAGUUCAGUAGUAAUAUCAUAUCCUAUUUUGAAUAAAAAUGUUUGAAUUUGAUGGCUGGAAGAAGAUUGUGUUCACUACAUAACGAAUGUUGGGAAAAAACUAGCUUGGCGUACAUUCCACUAUCACAUUGGAGAAGUAUUAAGAGUCUUCACCUUAGAGACCACUUUCCCAUGAAAACUUUCUUGACUCUUUUCUCAUUGGUUGUUAAACCUAAAUCAAAAUAAUUUUCAAAUUGUUAUUGGAAUAUAUUUUGUUUACCUCACAGAUUAUUUCACAUGACAUAAGUGCACUCGGCUCCUUUGCACAGGAUGCCAGCUAGAUUAAAGGUACCACAACGGCACCUAUUUCUGCCAUGAAGCAGCAAUGUGCCCGUAGCUAGUGAAAUUACUGGGCUAAUGAGACUGCCACUCAGAAAUUUCGGGUUUUAAUUUGAGAUCCUGAGCGGCACCUUAUUGUAAUGGGCAGGUCGUAUCAAUUACCAUCAGGUGAACGUCCUACUCGUCUCUAUUUUCAUAAAAAUAAAACGGAUGUCCUGUUAGAACUAGCUUUGAUAUUUUCAGGCCAAUUUAGAAUUGCAGUUAAAUCAAAUGAUAUGAGAAUUGACAUUUAUUAAAGAACGAAUAGGUAAAUCAAAGAAGACUGAACGAAUGAUUUACGUAUCGUGGAUAUACAUAUAAAUAUACAGUUCAAUGCAUAACAUAUUCAUUAGUUUACGAUUCAUGUUUUAUUGCACAUAUCUUAAUAUAUAUAAAUUACGUGACACGUUGUUUGUCCGCGAUGGACUCCUAAUCUAAUGAACGGAUUUUAAUGGGGAUUACUUCAUGGAGUGCAGUUUGGUUCAAUAUGAGAGAUAGUAUAGUUUUUAUUUCGAUUUGAGACCCAUAAUUAUUUUUAUUUUCAAUAUUUGUUUUGUAUGGACAUAUUUUCUAUGAGAGAAUUUAGUGACGCACGGUUUGACAGUUCCGCUGUGAAACAAUUUCAUUGUUACAACAGGGAGCAUAUUUUACAAAAUAAUUCUUGAUCUUUUGAAAUAUUAUUGGCAAAUUCCUAUAAAACAGUAUUUUUUUUUUAUUAUCUACAGAACAACGUCUGUCGGGGCAGCUAGUAAGACUAUAUUUUAGUACUGACUAUGUUAGGCCUUAUAUGUAUUGGGUCAGGGUUGUUAAACUUUGCUAAUAAUUGAAACUAAAAUGCCGGGUUGAAAAGUAAAACUUUCUAAAAAUAAUACCACAAGAAAUAAGAAAGACACUGGGAUCGCAUAUCGUCAGUAAGAAUAUUUUAUUAUUUUCAAUGUAAAACAACACGAAACCUAUGUUACAAAACUUGAAAGAUGCCAUUGAGU